GUGAGUCAAACACUCUCAAAGACAGACUACAGGCAGUCUCCACAGCACUAAGAUAUGGGCUUACUGUGACUUAAACCUGGAGCCUCUCUCUUAAACCUGAAAACAAAAAGACUAAAAAGAGAGAGUUAGACAGAGACAGGAAGUGAGAAAGAGAAACAAAUCGCCAGAGACGAUGGAAAACUGAAUGUGUUCAAGACUUUCAGUCUAUAGAAGGGGGGAAAAGAGGAGCAAAGACAAGCCUGAGGAUACUACAGAUUAUGUUGCCAUGGAAACCAGAACCUGGAAGCGGACGCAAGGACCACUGAAGGUGGACAACCAUCCUUGACUGCAUCAUCGACACAUUACUGUUCUGCUGCACACAGUGGUGAGAGCAUGCGUGCGGUGAAUGGUGGAGAGUUUGCCGUCUGAUCCUUCUUACAGCUCCGAAUGUUGUGGAGAAUAACUAUCCCAGUCAUACUGGCUGGGGUGCUCUGCAUCACUGCAGAGACCAAAAAGCCUCGGCCCCAGGGAUCCAUCCCAUCCCCACACAAAACCAAAGGGAACCUGUCCUCAGAACGUCAUCACAGGCUAUUGCAGCAGAAACCAGAGGUGCUAUCCUCCAGCAGAGAGGCCUUAGUGGUGACAGAGCGCCGCUACCUCCGCAGAGACUGGUGCAAGACCCAACCCCUUCGUCAGACAAUUAGUGAGGAGGGUUGCCGCAGUCGCACUGUGGUCAACCGUUUUUGCUAUGGCCAGUGCAACUCCUUCUAUAUACCCCGCCAUAUGGGCCCCAGCUCAGUUCAGGGCCAGAACCGAGGGCAGGCCUCAGGAUCUGGAAGGAAAAACCACAACAAGGCCCAGGAGCCAUUCCAGUCCUGCUCCUUCUGCAGGCCACACCGCAUCACACAGCUCACAGUGCAGCUAGACUGCCCAGACCUGCAGCCCCCUUUCAGACACCGUAAGGUGCAAAGGGUCAAACAGUGUCGCUGCAUGUCAGUGGAUGUGAGCGGCCAUGGGAAACUGUGAAGGACUUAAAAGGUCGAGUAAAAUUAAAAUGACAUCUGAGUGUUGUCAAAGGCAGAUAUUCACAAACUUUGCCAAACAAAGACUGGCUUCAAGAUGAACUGUUCUGCAUUGUGUUUUACAAAUAAUGGCCUGUCCCACAAUAAAAUGACAUGAAACAUGGACCUGGUAUUAUAAACCAAGGCCCAAGACUGAUUUAAUCAGAGACUCAGCCAUGUUGGCAAGCCGAUGCUGUUGGAAGAGACUGAUUCAAGUGGCUGCACAAGAGACACUAACGAUGAAGCAGCCAACUUUCCUUUCUGUUAUUUCACAAAGCUCAUAUCUACCUGCUAUUUGUACAUUUGUUACUAGAUUCCUUUGGGAUAAAAGAGAUAAUAAAGUGCCUCUGAGUUUUAAAACCACAAAACAUUAUGGACACUGGGAGAGACCAUGCUGAUAACACAGAGCCUUAAAGAAACUAAACUGUAGCCUGUGACCCCUUCAAAAGGUUUUUGUGAUGUGACAUGUUUUUCUGCAGGUGGAUCUACAGCAAUCAGUUUGUCAGCAAUGUUUUUAAAUCUGUGUUUUUGAAGUAUUGUAUCUAUUAUACUGUAUCCUUAACUUAUAUGAUGUCCCGAAUAAUAGACAAGUUAAUAUCAAGGACAAGAAACAUGAAGCAACACAGCAAUGACCAGUGGCAUCUACCUGCUUGGACACUAACCUGGCUGUAUACUGUACAUCUGCCACAGACAUACUAGCCAGUAGGAAAAAACAUACUGCAGCAUGUGUUAUAAGGGUGCAAUGCAAUAUAUACAGUAUAUAUAAAUAUAUUUUAUGUAUGUGUGUAAGUAUGUAUGUGAAAAAUAUAUUAAAUCUAUUUCAUAAAAUAACAGUGGUGUUUAGAGCACGUAGUUUUGUACCACUUUAUAUCACAGUUGGGCAAAUGAUAAACAGAAAAUCAGCA